AUGCUGUCCUUGGCGAGGAGAGAGGAUGCCAGAAAGGGGGUGGGGUUAGAGGUGUUCAAAAGGGGCGGGGAGAUGGAGGAGAACGAGCUCGAAGAGGGCGAGGCCUGUUCCUCCAAGGAGGACGACGCCACCAUUGAUCCAGACAUUACUCUGUCCUACAUCGUAAGAUCCUACACAUUCUUUCCAUCUAGCUCCCGUGUCCAUUUCUCCAUCUUUUUUUCUCAUCCUGUAGGAGAAUUUUACACAUUGUUCUCGAAAAUUCUUUUGUUUUUGACCUCUCACCAGUUCGGAUUGCCUGAUCGAGGCUUUGCAUUUCCCCUGGUCCCAUCUUUUGUCUUGGGUGUCGUCUGAAAUACAAGACAGAAAUGCUCAGGGUCUUGAACGGGUUUUGAAAUUUUUUAUCGUAGCAUAGUUAGAAUCACAGUAUCCUAAAAAGUUCAAAUUUUGAUUUUUAGGAUACUACACACUAAGGCCUCUGUUCCAAUUAAGUAGCCUACAAAUCAACCGGGUUCUCGUCCUAUCGUCACACUCUUUUCACUUUUUCUUGUCAGCUGUACUGGUACUUAUAAUAACAUUUCUAUUCAAUUUGUUUCCUGCGGCAAGCUUAAUUGAGGGUACUAACAAGAACUUUCCUCAACGUGUUUGCAGGAUGAAAAGAUUCGUGAUGUAUUGGGGCACUUCCAAAAGGACUUCGAGGGUGGAGUUUCUUCAGAGAACUUGGGUAAUUUCUUCUCAGACGUCUACCACCACUAGGGCCGAGCAAAUGUUUAGCUGCCACAUUUUCACAAAUAAUUAUUCUUUGUAUUCCAGGGAGAAAAAUUUGUGACUACGGUUCAUUCUUGCCUGCAAACCGAUGUCUCGUCUCUAUUCCAUCUCAAUCUGGGAGUCUGCAGAAGUUGCCUAACCACAACACAUCAAGACCUCCAUACAGCACAUCUGCUGAGGUAUCCAUGUUGUUUCUAUUCUUCCUUCUGUUAUGUUGGAGAAAGAAGUCAAUUGUUGAACUUGAGCAUAUUCCACUUGUCACAUAAGAUACAAUUUAUGAUGAAUCCUUACAGGCUGUGCAGCAGAACAUGAUAUUUCAUACGAAUACAUCAGUUCCCCUGAAAAAAGCCUCCGUUUCAAAUGCAUCGCCACUAGAUGCUAGAAAGAAAAACGAGGGACGUGUAAGCAUUCCAAAUUUUAGGGAAUGUGUCCGUCAGCAUGAUGUGGCCAAUGCAGACUCUAAAAGCACUCAUCAGAAGACAUUGAAGGUUCGCAUUAAAGUUGGAUCUGACACUGCCGUGGCGAAGCCAAAUGCUGCAAUUUACAGUGUUAUGGGACUUGAAUAUUCUCCAUCCUCGUCGCCAGACAGCCCUGGUACAAGUGGAGGGUCUCAUCUGGGACGUCAGAGUGUGCUUCACGAAUCUCCUACGGCUGUUUGUCAGGUCAAUAUCAUAAAUUCUAAGUAUUUUUUUUUCUUUACUUUCGAAUAUUUCUCUAAACAGAGAGAUCUUGUCUUCAUGUGAUCUUAUACUUGAUUAUUUCUCUUGUGAUACAGAUUAUGACGCGUUUCCCUGUUCCUGCUGAGAGUGUUCUUUCACCUCUCUCUGAAAGUUUCUUGCAGUUGAUUGAAAGUGCUGUUGACAUUUCAAAACAGUCCUCCAGUUCGAGAGUCACAAAUGAGACAUCGGGGAGGCCGUUAUUUUCAGAGGAAUCGAAAGGUGAUGGUAGCUUGAGGGAAUCUGAAAAUGUUAUAUCUAAAGUCAGAGUUUUGUCUUCUGGCAUAGCGAAGGACGAGGCGUUGGUUGGUGGGGUCAGUUUGGGCUCUAGAAAGAUGAGGAAUUCUGGGAAUGAAUCUCUACACUUGAAGGGAAAACAAAACUCUAAAAUGAGUUUGUCUGAUCAAGUUUCUGAAGGACGAGCAGGUCAGCAUAAAGAUGCUUCAUGUGAUUCUCCCAUGGAAAACAUAAGUAAACGGGAGAAAAAGUGUAAUGUAUCUAAGUUCGAGGCUGACGGAUUGAACUUCAGGAUGGAUGCGAAUGUUAAGUCUGAUGAGCUGACUGAAGAGGAAGGACAUCAAGGGACCACAUUGCAUGGGCAACAUAGUGAAAAGCCAUUGAAAUCCAAAAAUCAAAGUCCUGGAGCUAGAAGAAAAUCAGGAAACCAAAUGAACGUCGUGCAAUCUGUGGAAUCUUCCCCGAACAAUUUCAAAAAUGUUUCUUCUGUACCAUCUAAUGAAAAGAAGAAAAGCUCUCAUUCAAAAAUGGACCCUUCAGAGUACAGGAAAAAUUCAUUAGGGCGUCCGGAGUCAAGUAAGGCUCACAGUCAACAAUGCCAGAAUGAUGCUGCGGAUGAUGCAAAGUCUGAAAAAACAGUGAACAUAACUGAUCCAUCUGAAAAUCUAUUCAGAGACAAGGGAAGGGAUAAUAGGAUAGAUCAUGACAAGGUUAGUUCUGCAUUUUCUGAUAGGGCAAAGGAGAAGGUGGAUGUAAAAAAUGAUCAGAAUCCGUCCACUAGUGAAGCAUUUGAAAAUGGUAUGAAAAUCACGCCAUUGGCAACUAAUGGGCCGACUUCUCAUGCGACUCCAGCACCUGCAGCUCUUCUUGUCAAGGAGGAUUGGGUCUGUUGUGACAUAUGCCAGAAGUGGCGCUUGUUGCCUUAUGGGACAAACACUGAUCACCUUCCUAGUAAUUGGCUGUGCACAAUGCAAGACUGGCUGUAUGUACUUCCCUGAAUUUAUUUUGUGAAAUUGACUUUAUUUUGCUUUCUGGCCGAUGCUGACGGUGUUCUUAUUGUUUGAAACAAUGACUAAAGAUAAACAACCACAACAGUAGCAACGAACUCCGCUACCCAUGCUUUAUUAUAUUCGUUGCCAUGUAGAUCCAACUCUUAAUGUGUUUUGAAAAUUAUUUUUCCUCACGUUUUUUGAUCUUAUCACAUGUAUCCUUUUUCUGUUAUGUUGAUGCUGGUUUUUUCUAAUUGCAUUUUAUGUUAAAUCUCCAUCCAGGCCAGGGAUGAAUAAAUGCAGUUUUAGUGAAGAGGAAACAACAAGAGCACUCCAUGCUUUAUAUCAAGCUCCUCUUCCUGAGACUCAUACGGCAAAUGGUCUGAGUACUUUGUCUGGAGCUCUUUCCUGUGAUACGCAACAUGGAGAUCAAAAUCAUGGUUUGCUCAAUCCUUCUAGUCAUGGAAAGAAAAAGCUCACACUGAAGGCUGGAUCUCAUACCCCUGGUCACCUGACACAACCUUCAUCCUCUGUUAAGAAGAGUCGGCAGAUUUCUAUAAAAAGUCGAAGCUUAAAUGAUGUGAAUCAUGUUGCACCACAUUCAUCAGGUAAAUCCUCUUCUCAGCAUAUGAACAAGUCCACUGAGUUGAAUGUGGAGACGGAUUAUGACAAUAAAAAGGCACAAAAGAUGAUGGAGCAGUACUUGGAUAGUGGUAACUAUUAAUCUCUUUUUUUAUUUAACAUAGAUUCAGUCUUACAUAAUCUUUAUAUUAAUCUGCUUGAUAUGUAGGUUCCACUGGAGGUGAGUUUCUUGAGCAAAAUGGCAGGCCUUCAAAAUCCAAGAGCAAUCGAGGGUUUGAUCAAGAUGGGAGUAGAGUAUCAAAAAAGUUGAAGGCAGAGGGAACGCUUUAUGCCAACGAUUGUUGGGACUCUGAACAUGAUAUAUCUGAAAGGCUGGCAUCGAUUGGUAAUGAUAAUCUUCCUUCUAAAAUGACUGGCUACGGUUCCCUGAAGGAUGAUGACAGUUCUUCAUGCAAGAAUUUCAAAUUGGAUUCAGAAAAUCGUCCACCAGGGUCUAGAAAGAAGUCCAAACAGCACCCAAUGGCAUUCUCAAAUGGAUCCCGUCCAGAGCAGUUCAGUAGUUUUGAUAAGGAAAAUUCCAAUAACGAGUCUUCUGCGAAGAAGAGGAAAUCUAAGGAGAGGCAGGAAGAUUGCGUCAAUCUUGAUACUUUAGUUGGAAAUGGGCUGCUUGCAGGUGACAGCGUAAAUGCCAAAGAAACGUAUAGUGAAAGUGAUUCAAAGAAGGGAAAGAAGUCUAGGCUUUUAAAUGCCGAAGGAAUAUACUCUGAUCGGAUUGAACAGAAUGGAAAAGUUGCUGAGAGGGGUCAGCUAACUCGAGUUGUGUUAUCUAAGACCAAGGGGCAAGUAUUUAAUGGAACUGGAGAGGUAAAUAAAUGCACUGAACAAAAUGAGCGAAAGGGACUGUAUAAAAGUCACGCGUCUUCUAAAAGAAGCUUGGAUUGUGUAGAUUCCCGGAAAAAGGAUUUGUCUUAUGGACAUCCUUCUACAGCGGCUGUUUCAAGUUCAUCAAAAGUUUCAGGUUCCUGUAAAAGUAAAUCCAACAUUCAUGAAGCAAGAGACUCACCUGUGGAAUCUGUCUCUUCAUCACCUUUACGGACAUCAAAUGAUGACGAGCUUGUGAAUGAAGAUAAUAUGAUAGGCAAAGAAAAAGAUAAAUCUUAUGCUGUUGACAUUCGUGGAUCUUUGGAUGCCUACCAACCCUUGGAUUCUGCAUUUUGGGAUCCUGCUGAAUUGAUACAUGAUUACCAGGGUCGUGAAGGGGGUCGUUUAUCAAAAACAAAAGAUGAGAUUCAGUUAAGGGCAUUUGGUAACAUGCCUGAUGAUCCUUCACUAACCGAGUAUGAAUCAGUUACUGGUGCUUUGAACAAUCAAGGUAAGAAUCGUGACUGUGAUGAAGUGAAACCAAAUAAUCACAACUAUUCUAGCAGUUCUGAUCAACGGAAGUCAAUUAAGUGUUCUUCACGGUCCAGAGAGAAACAUAGAAUUUCUAGGUCUGAAGUUAAUAUAAAUACGGGUGAGAACUCAAAUUCUUUUCCUGAUCAAGAUGGGAUACACUCUGGAAAGGAUGGUCAUUGGUCAAGCUAUGAUGGUGGUAUUGAUUCUCAUAAAGAUGCUCCAUAUCACAAAGGUGUGAAGGACGCAUGCAGUAAAUUGGAGAAGGACGAGAAAAAGAGAGAAUCAAGAGGAAGCCAAUCGAGUGAAGGCAGAAGGGAAGAUCAGUUGAAUUUUGGAACGCAGGAAAAUCUUAAGAAGUCUCGUUAUGUACGCUCCAGGCAACAAGGAGAUCUCUCAAAAACUUGUGACGUUGGAACUGUCUCCACAAAGAUUGGUAAGUCUUAUAUUGAGCAUAACCCUCAGAUAUUACGAGAGCCACUUGUUCAAGGUCCUCUAGCAGCCCCUUCUGAUGUCAAGGGAGAUAAAUUAGAAUUGUCGCUGAGUGAAGCGACAACCUGUGAGGCAGAAAAGGUACACAAACAGCUUUUGAAGCAUGAUUGUCGCCAUGGACAGCACAGUAAUUUUAGGCACCCAACCCCCAACAGGCUUGACGGGCCAAGCCCUAUUCGAAGGGACAGUAAUCACUCUGCUGCAGCUGCUCUUUUAAAGGAAGCCAGAGGUUUGAAACAUACUGCAGAUCGUUUGAAGGUUUGCCCACUCAUUUAGACCACCUUAUGGUGUGAAUAUGCUGUCACUUUUCUGGAGCUAACUUUCAAAAAAUUGGAUACUCUUUCGCAGAAUGAGGGACUGGAAAAUGAAAGCACUGGACUGUACUUCGAGGCAGCAUUGAAAUUUCUUCAUGUGGCCUUCCUUCGUGAGACCUCCUGUGCUGAUGGGGAAACCACGCAAUCAAUGGAGAUAUAUUCCAGCACAGCAAAACUCUGCGAGUAAGCAAGAACAGAGACUUCUUCUUCUUGUUCUCUUGCAGACUGCCUGAAAAAUGUUGGAAACUUGUUCCCUCUGAUUUGAAAUCACAUGCAUUUUUUUUUUUAUGAUUUUACUCAAUUAGGUGCAAGAAAUAGACCCUCAACCAGUAAAUUCUUAUAUUGUUUUGAAGAACUGUGAUAGUUCAUGCUAUUUUUUCGGGUUUGGUCUUCCCUCUCUAAAAUUUUUUUUUGCUAACAAAGGGGAUUGUGUUCUGGAGUACUGCUUCUUGGUAUCCUAUUUGAAGUUCAAAUGAGGCAUUUCUCAUCCUUUCCUAUCUUGUCUUUUCUCAUUCACGUAUCACAUGGACAACCCCAGGGAGGACUGCUUUCUUUUGUGUAAUGUUCCCGGAAGGGAAUGAAGCGGUCACAGUAAUGAAACAUUUGGACAUUGGUGACUGCUCAAGUACUGUUUCACUUUCAAGUACUUCAAGUACAUGAAGCAGGCUUUCUCACAGUGACUGCUUCAUGUACUUGGUGACAUCUGGAUCACUGUGCGGAUUGUCAAGUCUAAAAUUGAAAAAAAUUGCUCUGUUGUGGAAGGGAAUCUACAUUUUUAUUCUCCAAUUGAUACUAUUAAAAGUGACGAAACAUUUGUUGCUAGGGACUCUGCAUAAUAUGUGAUAUCUGUUGGAUCACCUGCACCAGGGAGAUGACUAAUUUGCAUUUACUCAUAGUGUAUAGUUUUAAAUUUAAGCUAACUUUGGGCUGCCUUACAUUGAACAGAUAUCAGUCUCUUCUCAGCACAUAGAUCUGAUUUUUAAACCUAUAUGCCUUCGUUUGUGCACAUCACACUCUCUAGUGUCCCCAACACUCACAAGAAAAAGACAUGCACAAAAGAAGAAAAAGAGACAAAAAAGAACAACCUGAUCCUAGCACGCAGUCAAGGGCUAUGUAGGGUCUUGAGAUCGAGUCUCAUGCUAAAUAGUUAUCCUAGUGAAAAAGGAUGCACCUAUAAGAUAGUUCAUAUGGAGCAAAAUUAUGCGUGCUCAUCCGUCCGGGUUAUUUUUGUCUGACUAGGUUUCACGAAUGCAGAUUUUGUGCUCAUUUAUACGAGAAACACAAAGAAAUGGCUGCUGCCGCACUAGCUUACAAAUGUAUGGAAGUGGCAAAUAUGAAGGUUGUUUUUUCUAAAGAUUCUGGAGCAAGUAAGGAUCGGAAUGAAUUGCACACAGCCUUACAGUUGGUUCCUACAGGUAAUAAACUGGCCAUCAUUCAUCGCAUGAAUUCUCUUUUAAUGAAUUGUCAUUUGUUUUACAGUUUUGAUUCUUCUGUUGCAAACAAUUCUUGGUGUCAUUUUCAGUUCUUGUAUAGACUGAUUGUGGUGUUAUCUUCCAUUAGGCUUUCCUGUUCGUCAUAAUUAGUUUGAACUCAUUGAUCCUAUGCCACUCCUCAGUGCUGUAGUUUGGGUAUGAAGGUGUUAGCUUUUGUUUUAAGAGUGCUCACUGUUCCCAUUAUUGUCGUGAAAUGUGGAAUUCUUGUCUGUGCGACAUUUUUUGCGAGUUAAAAAUCCUUCUUAUAAAGGAUUCAUCUGAAAGACUGAAAAAUUCUAUUGUUAAAAUGAAUCAACUGAUGCAUAGUAAAAUAUUGUGGAGGUUGAUUUUGUUGAAAUUGGAUGGUGCUGAUGGGAAAUCUACUUCUAUAAUUUAUUUAUUUUACUUCAAUAGUUGGUUACUUUUCUGGAAAGACGAACGGUGUGAUAGGUUGGACUGUGUUAAGUUUAUUUCCUGAUCCAAGAGGAAUGUUAAUGUGGUUGCCAUCCAGUGGAAAUAGGAGUAGUAGUUUACUUUGAACAUCAUGGAGGUUUUUGCUUCCAGUCCUUUGUUCAGCAUGCAAAGGAAAGAGGAAGAGGAAAAUCACAUCCAGAGGAAGUUCUACCUUCUGUAACAGUGGAUAUUCAACAUAUCAGUCGACAACUAUAUGGUAGAUACACAGGGUGCAUAGGUUCAUAGAAAAAUCCUUGUUUGGAAGAACUUAGCAGUCAUUUUAUAAUAUAAGCAAAUAUUAUUAUAUACUAUAUAUAUUUUUUGAGAGAUGUGCUAGUGAAUUCAAAUUGCGUGAAGUUGAAGAAGUGAAACUUGGCCACAUAAUGAUCUUUAUGCAGGAUAUCUGUCUCAUUUUGUUAGAUAUUGGAGGUAAUCAACUUCCCUUGAACAAAGUAGAGAGUAGAGAUGAUUUGAAAGUGCGCGAACAGUCUGAAUUUCGUGAAAUUGAAUUAGAGGAAUUUUGCCAGCCGAGUCUCCUAACGGCAGGAUAUUCAUCCAUGUUUUCUUGGUCUUGAGGAUUAGUCAAGAUCAGAAGAACAGUCCCCAGACGUGCAUCAUAUUGAGAUAACGGGAGAAUAAUUACUUUUGACAAAAAAAAAAUACGUUGCCCUAUGCAGCUGUUCUGUACAGAACCUGUUUGUGGUUUUUUGGGAUAGUCGUUGCAGUUUCCUCCUUUGUUUUGAUCUUUGGAAAGAGAGCAUAAUUUUCUCUCAACUUUAGGAAUAUUCUAGCCAUUUUCUAUUGAUAAAAAAUAUAAAAGUGGAAAAAAACCACAAAGAGAGAAACAAAACCUAUGGCCUGGCAUGCAAAUCUCUUUUAAUUGGAUCAUCGAUAUUACCCGCCAAUUCGUCUUCUUUUCCAUCCAGAAGGAUGUCUUGAUCUCGAAAGGGAAAUUAUUACUUGUUGGCGGGGAUCAUGUUGACAACGUCUGCUUUUCUUUUCUUCUGACUUCUCUUUUCUCCAGGGGUGGAGAAGCCCUUAACCCAAUGGGAUAAUGUUUGUGUUAUAACCUAAAAAAUGUACCUUUCUGAUCUUUACAUCACCCGAGGUGGAGAGUAGUCGUCUCUCCUUUGGGAAAUUUUCUCACAAACUCUCCAACUAUUUGUGUGCUUUCAUAUGGAGCUUUUAUUCUUGCUUGUAAUCCUCUUACCUGAUGAAUCACUGAAAAAUACACCUUGGGAAUUGUUGGAACAUAGUCUACGUAUAUACUGUGCUAAUUGUUUGAGCGUUCUUAUGCCGUAUCUACUUAUGUUCUUAUUAUUUUAACAUUUGAAUUUAUAGGAUACCCAUGAAGGGAAAGUUUAUCGCUGGCAUUGACUUCUGUCAGGAUUUUUUUAUAGGCGAGUCACCAUCAUCUUCGGCUUCGGACGUUGAUAACUUGAACAACCAGAACAUGGGGGAUAAAGCUGUUUCAGCAAAAGCUGUAAGCUCUCCGCAUGGCACCGGAAACCAUGUCAUUGCACCACGCAAUCGUCCGAACUUUGUGCGGCUGCUGAACUUUGUAAGUUUCUUCUGCUUAAUUUUAAACUCUUUAUUUCCUAUGAUGUAAGUUUAUAUUUCCUAAGAUAUUUCCCUUUGUGGUCUGUCCCAAAAGAAUGGAUGAACUUUGAUCGUUUUUUCAAUUUGAUAAAUUAUAACUAGUUGGAAAAAUACCUCGAGGAUUCCCUAUCAUUAAUACAUAAAAGUCCAAUUAUCGUAAUCUUUAGUUGGUACAGAAAUAGGAUCACCAUUAGCUGGAGCCAAGGGAUUCAUGAGCGAAAACAUAAGCAAACGAACAUCUGCUUGAGCUUCUAAUUAUAAUGGUGUACUUGAACAGCCAUUUAAUCCCCAAUAAAAUCUGCAUCCAAACCACAGAAAUAAUAAAAAAAUUGUGAUUUCUUAGAAUUUCCUGCUUCUAAUCAUAAUGGUACACGAACACCCAUUUGAUCCCCAUCAAAGUCUGCAUUAAAACCACAAUAAUAACAAAAAAAUUACCAUUUCUUAGAAUUUCCUGCUUCUAAUCAUAAUGGUACACGAACACCCAUUUGAUCCCCAUCAAAGUCUGCAUUAAAACCACAAUAAUAACAAAAAAAUUACCAUUUCUUAGAAUUUCCUGCUUCUAAUCAUUAAUGGUACUUGAACAGCCUUCUGAUCCCCAUCAAAGUCUGCAUUAAAACCACAAAAAAAGUAAAAAAAAGUAUGAUUUCUUUGAAUAUCUUAUAAGCAGAAUGAGAGGCUCCCCUCCUCUAUAUAGUUUAUCGUACCUUCCAUCUCAUGGUGAUAGCAGCAGUUGUAUUGUGGAAUGCUUAAGUGACUUUUACAGUGCCGAAACUCUCCAAAUAAACAGGUUGAUCAUAUCUCAGACCAUCUAGCCAGAGGGGCAGUUAACACUACCUUUGGUGCUUCCCUUUUCAUCCAUGAAAGCUCUUCUCUAGCUUUCUUCUUCGGCCUCCUCUUGCUCUGAACCAUUUUCAGCAGAGUUCCCCUGCUGAAACUUUCUCUCGGCAAUGCGGGCGCUAUCUGACAUGGUAAAAUCGUGUUUCCCCCUACAGGUGCAAGAUGUGAACGAUGCCAUGGAGGCCUCGAGGAAAUCCCACAGCGCCUUUCAUGGCAUCAACGGAAGACCGGAAGAGUCGCGUUAUGAGCCCGAAGUGGUCGCUUCCGUGAGACAAGUGCUCGCCCUCAGCUUCCACGACGUAGAAGGGCUGCUACGCCUUGUACGGCUGUCGAUGGAUUCCAUCACCCGUUAG